AUGGCUGCCGUCUAUAUGAAUCUACCAGAAGUUCGAGCUGCCCUUCACAUCCCCGAUUUCGUUCAACCAUGGAUCAAUUCCAACGACCCGUUAAAUACCCUGUAUUACAAUCGCAGUUACUUUGAAAUGGAUGGCGAGCUACAAUUUAUUCUGAGCAACUACGUUUAUGAGACGAACAACAUGCGGAUGCUUAUCUACAACGGUGAUACGGACCAGGUCUGCAAUCAUCUCGGUGAUCAGUGGUUGAUCGAGCAAGUGGCCGCCAAUCUUCUCACUUACGACUCUGAGACUCUUCAGACUGUUGGCAAACGAGGGCCGUGGUACUACAAAAUAAACAACACCUACGAGCGUCAACUGGCUGGUUAUGAGAAGAUCUUCAGCAGGAACCUUCAUCUGGUCACUGUGAAAGGAUCUGGACAUUUGGUUCCCAUGGAUCGUCCAGGCCCUUCUCUUCAGAUGAUCUAUAACUUUGUUAUGUGCCGACAAUCCCCGGUAUGGCAGAAGAAACCGAAGAGGAGCAAAGCGGCUGGGAAAAUGUAA